AUGAACGAAAACGAGGACGAAGAGAAAGCACCUACAGCCACGACCAAACUGUUGCAAUGGGACGAACACAUUCCAACAUACAACGGAAAGCAACCGUCCUGUCUCGAAAAUUACUGGAAACUGCCAAAGGUCGACGACGAAAUCGAAAACGGAACGCCAGUCCUCGUAUUCUUCACAACGAGCACCUAUGAGUAUAAAGACAAGGCGCACAACAAGCAGCUGCGCAAAAGCGCGUCGAUGGAUGCUAGGGCCAUUGUACUCUUGGAAAAUUCGCCUGACAGCUACCAGCAUGGCGUGGAAUUGCCCGUCACCAAGUACACCAACAAGGAUCUCGGAAUCAUGGCAAUGAAAGAGGAAAAGGUGGCAGGAACGAGCAGUAAAAUGAUCUGA